AGGCCACGUGACGCAGGAUGCUCCGAUCCCGGGCUCUCCUCUCUACACCAUCAAAGCUUUCAUCCCAGCCAUCGAUUCAUUUGGGUUUGAGACAGACCUGAGGACCCACACGCAGGGACAAGCCUUCUCGCUCUCCGUCUUCCACCACUGGCAGAUUGUCCCUGGUGACCCCUUGGACAAGAGCAUCGUCAUCCGGCCCCUGGAGCCCCAGCCAGCCCCGCACCUGGCCAGAGAGUUCAUGAUCAAGACCCGGCGCAGGAAGGGCUUGAGCGAGGAUGUGAGCAUCAGCAAGUUCUUCGACGACCCCAUGUUGCUGGAGCUGGCCAAGCAGGACGUCGUGCUCAACUACCCCAUGUGA